AGAAAAAGAGAAAUAGAGAACAGUGUGGAUUGGAGCACCGUCGCCGUCGUGCGUUCCUGAAAGGGAGCAACCUGUAGUUUAUUUAUCAAUAAAUAAGCGCAUAUGCGCGGUGCAAAGUGUUAAAUGCGUGUGCAAAAUGUCGAACCCCGGCGGUAGCAGGAGGAACGGGGCCAUGAAGAUUCGUUUGACGAUUCUAUGCGCCCGUAAUCUCGCCAGAAAAGAUUUAUUCCGCUUGCCUGAUCCUUUCGCUAAGAUAACUGUUGAUGGUUCAGGACAAUGUCACAGUACAGACACUUGCAAAGCUACUCUUGAUCCCAAAUGGAAUCAACACUACGAUUUAUACAUCGGAAAGAAUGACGGGAUCACCAUAUCCGUGUGGAAUUAUCGAAAGUUUCACAAAAAGCAGGGUGGCGGGUUUCUGGGAUGUGUGCGCAUAUUAUCAAACACCAUUCAAAGACUUAAGGAUACAGGAUAUCAACGAUUGGAUUUGUGCAAAGCCCAUUCGGACGAUACGGAUGUUGUGAAGGGACAGAUUGUGGUAUCCUUGAUGUCGAGAGAUGGCCACAAUGGUGCCGUGAGCAACACGGUCGGGCACAAUGCCGUGGUCGACGUUCUUGGCGAUCUCAGUUGUCCGAACGAUUUACCGGACGGCUGGGAAGAAAGGAGAACGGAAAGCGGUCGACUUUACUAUGUAAAUCAUCACACAAAAAGUUCGCAAUGGAUCCGUCCAAAUACCCGGCCUAGCAAUGCUAUUAUACCAACAACACCAGAACCACCGCCAGUGUUGUCGUCGGAACCAACGUGUCCAACGAGCAGUAGCGCGAGCUCGCCAAAUGUGAGAACCGAAGAGAGUCCGGCGCGCCACACGUCCGAUUGGAAUCCCGACGUGGUUCAAACGCCUAGCCGUGAUAAUAGCACGGUUAUUCAAAAUACUCCGAGAAACACGCCGCAACAACAGAAUCAACGAAAUCAGCAGAAUCAGCAAAACGUGAGAAACACAACGACGCCGACGACAUCGGCGAGAGAGAGACGCGUCGUCAGAGGAACGGACGAACAGAAUGGAAAUCAAAAUUUAAACGGCCGAGUGGAACGUGGCCUUAACAAUGGAAGUCAAACGCGAAGGCCUAAUCGAAACAGAAACAGAAAUAACAUUAUGCCAAGUAGCGAUAGACGCACCGAUCCCCCACAACCGUCCGACUUACCUCGCGGCUAUGAAAUGAGAAAAACUCACCAAGGCCAAGUAUACUUCUAUCACGUACCGACUGGAUCUUCGACCUGGCACGACCCGCGAAUACCGCGUGAUUUACAAGCUAACGAAUUGACCAACGAACUUGGUCCUCUUCCCAGCGGAUGGGAAAUGCGGCAAACACAAAGCGGACGAGUAUAUUUUGUAGAUCACAACAACAGGACAACGCAAUUUACCGACCCGAGAUUAUCCAGUCAAAUAAUAAGCAAUCUGUUGAACAGGAGACAAAAUAAUAAUAUGAACAGCCAAACUGCGAACAACGCGAACAAUUCGGUGACGAGCGAAAGCGCUGAAGACACUACGACUUCUUCACCGAUUGUUCAAUCCAAUACUACGCAGCAACUCACGAGAAAUGAAAAUGGAACUAACAAUAAUUCUUCAACUGUUGAAAACGCGUCACCUCAAAACGCUCAAACGGUGUCGGAAUUGCCUAAGGAGCUUAUGGACAACGAGCUUCUUCCAAAGUACAAACGCGAUUUAGUGGCAAAAUUGAAAUGCCUGCGAGCUGAACUGAACGCUCUUCAACCUCAGAGCGGACACUGCAGAUUGGAGGUGUCGAGAAAUGAAAUAUUUGAAGAAUCUUACAGAUUGAUUAUGAAAAUGCGUCCAAAAGACAUGCGCAAAAGACUCAUGGUGAAAUUUCGCGGCGAGGAAGGACUCGAUUAUGGGGGAGUAGCGCGCGAGUGGUUGUACUUGUUAUCCCACGAAAUGUUAAAUCCGCAAUACGGACUCUUUCAAUAUUCGAGGGAUGACAAUUACACGCUUCAAAUCAAUCCGGAUUCGGGUAUAAAUCCAGAACACUUGUCGUAUUUUCAUUUCGCUGGAAGAAUUAUAGGAAUUGCCGUUUUUCACGGUCAUCACAUCGAUGGUGGUUUUACAACUCCGUUUUAUAAAAUGUUACUUAACAAAGCUAUAACAUUGAGCGAUAUAGAAGGAGUCGAUCCCGAACUGCACAGAAGUCUUACGUGGAUGCUGGAAAAUAGCAUAGACGGUGUGUUGGACGCCACGUUUUCCGUGGAGCACAGCAGUUUCGGAGUGUUGAAGAAUCACGAAUUAAAACCGUUUGGCAAAGACAUAUUGGUAACGGAAGAGAACAAACGGGAAUACGUUCGUUUGUACGUCAAUUAUCGAUUUAUGCGCGGUAUCGAACAACAAUUUCUGGCGUUACAAAAAGGAUUUCACGAGCUGAUUCCUCCGAUAUUGCUAAGACCGUUUGACGAGCGUGAAUUGGAAUUGGUUAUCGGCGGUUUGGGCACCAUUGACAUAAACGAUUGGAAAAUGAACACGCGGCUUAAACACUGCACGCCCGACACGCCGGUUGUUCAAUGGUUCUGGCAAAUAGUUGAGUCGUACGGCGAAGAAAUGAGAGCGAGAUUGCUUCAGUUUGUUACCGGCAGCUCCAGAGUUCCCUUACAAGGAUUCAAGGCUUUGCAAGGAUCGACAGGAGCGGCGGGUCCACGGCUUUUCACUAUCCACGCUGUUGAUGCCCCGAGCGAAAACUUACCGAAAGCUCAUACGUGUUUCAAUAGAAUAGACAUACCGCAAAGUUACCCGAGUUAUCAAAAGAUGCUUGACAAACUUACACAAGCUGUUGAGGAAACUUGUGGUUUUGCCGUCGAAUAAAAUAUACGGUAUGUUCUUGCAGCUUUAGCACGAUCGUUUCUAAACGUUGCUAAUAAGGUUAGGCAAUCCCCCCCCCCCCCCCCAAAAAAAAAAACUCUCUAUAACAGAUAUAAAUGUUUGGUCAGAUUCUGUUGUUCAAAAACAAAAAACAAAAAAAAAAAAAAACAAAAAAACAAACAGAGAGUUUUAUAUAU